GUCCUAAAGAGCCAACAAAAGUACUAACGCUAACCCUCCUGAAUGGUUACCAAGACAACGGUUGAGCAUUUCGAGCGGCGCUGUUAAGUACUCCCGACCAUGUGGUGGCGCUGUCUAGAGGUCGUUACAUCCUGUCCAACAGCUCCGCUGCCUACGUCACCACAUUUCUGUGAACGCGAUGUAACGUUGUGUAAAACUUUGAAGUUGGUCUCCAGAAACACUGUCAGACACAGGUUCACAAUGAGGGAAACGACUCUGCUGCUCAUGUUAGUGUGUCUGCUCCUGGGCCUCAGCCAGGCAGCCAGACAGGGACAGGACAUCCGAUGUGGAGCCUGCAGGGCUCUGGUAGAUGAGAUGGAGUGGGCCAUUUCCCAGAUAGACCCAAAGAAAAUGAUCCAGACCGGGUCUUUUAGGAUCAACCCGGACGGAAGCCAGUCCAUCAGAGAGGUUCCUCUGGCUCGCUCUGAGGGAAACCUCCUGGAGCUCAUGGAGAGCGUGUGUGAGAGGAUGGAGGACUAUGGAGAGAGCACAGAUUCCUCAACCGACAGGAAGUCCUACAUUAGAGUCAAAUCUCGGAGUGGCGAGCCCAUGGACCUUUCGGAGGCUGCGCUGGAUUCAAGAGUUACAGCCAGCUUAAGAUUUGCAUGUGAAACAAUUGUUGAGCAGAAUGAAGAUGAAAUCAUUGAAUUCUUUGCUCACGAGACAGAUAAUGUUAAAGACAAACUCUGCAGUAAGAGAACCGACCUCUGUGAUCACGCUCUGAAAAUGCCUCAUGAUGAGCUUUGAUAUCACCUCGCCACAACUGCCAUCUCUUCUCAGCAGAAAUGGAGACACUUGGUGCUUUAUAGGUUUCAGUCAUCAGCCCUGGCAGUUGUUUGAGAAAAUUUGUAAAAUAGUAGGGCGUCCAUCUUAAAAACUAAAAGUGUUAAUCCUGUUACCAUGAAAA